AUGCUCCUCUUCCUCGUGGCGCUCUUUCGAGCCUGGGGCAUCGAGCUGUCCCUCGACGACUGCCCCGAGGGCGCCCACCUCGUCCACACUCAUCUGCGCAUCGCUAAUUCGCUAUACUACCCUGCGCCGCCGCGCCCGUCGGCUCCUGCCCGCCCCAUUGCCGCCGUCCGGUGCCGACGACACCAUGCCUGGAGCUUGCCCUGCCCCCGCCGGCGCCGACUCACGGACGCCUCCCGACCACCGCCGACGUCGCCGCCGGGGACAUCAUCGUCGUGCCGCUGCCCGGGGACUCCCAGCUUUUACAAGGGCCCGGCCAUGUUUCAGUUCAGACAUGAAAAAGGGGACAAGAAAGGGGCGAGAGAUGCAGCACAUUCACAUUAUGGAGGGCCUCUUCAGAAGAUCUGGGACCUGAACAAUGAGAUAGCCUCCUCAGAAGUCAAGAUAGCAUCCAAGAUGUAGUGGUUUAGUAGCUUGACUGUAAUAUGUAGCUAGAUAGACUCACUAUGUCGAGGUUUUAGUCAUAAAUGAAAUGUGUCUGUCAGAUUAUAAGUGGAAGCAUUUCCAACAAGCAGAAAAUUGUAUCUGUCAAAGAUAUUUCCAAAUAAAUAUAGGAUUAUCAGUCAUAAAUGAAAUGUAUCUAUUUGAACUCGA